ACUGUGCAUGUGUGGUGCAAUCUUCACAUGUGGUGUUUGAUUGCACAAAGUCUUGUAAAACACCUCCAUAAAAACACUAGAACAGGAGAGAUCAGAGAAACUACUACUAACCAUUACACCACAGAACUACACUAGAGGACUUCACAAUGGCAGUUAGAGCUCAGUUCGAGAACAGUAACGAGAUUGGCGUGUUUUCUAAGCUCACCAAUACAUACUGUCUUGUAGCUAUUGGGGGUUCAGAGAACUUCUACAGUGUUUUUGAGAGAGAGUUGUCUGAUAUUAUUCCAGUGGUUCACUCAUCUAUAGCAGGAUGCAGAAUUGUUGGCCGAUUAAGUAUUGGUAAUCGUCAUGGUCUACUGCUUCCUAAUACUACAACAGACCAGGAAUUACAGCACAUAAGAAAUUCUCUUCCCGACACUGUAAAGAUCCAGAGAGUAGAAGAAAGACUCUCAGCACUUGGCAAUGUUAUUGCUUGUAAYGACUAUGUGGCUUUGGUGCACCCUGACUUAGACAGAGAAACAGAAGAAAUCCUUGCUGAUGUUCUAAAAGUCGAAGUUUUUCGCCAAACACUGGCUUCCAAUGUCCUUGUUGGUAGUUACUGUUCUCUUAGUAAUCAAGGAGGAUUGGUCCACCCAAGAACAUCUGUUGAAGAUCAGGAUGAAUUAUCUUCACUUCUUCAAAUACCUCUUGUUGCAGGAACAGUAAACAGAGGUAGUGACGUAAUUGGAGCAGGACUGGUUGUUAAUGACUGGAGUGCAUUCUGUGGUCUUGAUACCACAAGUACAGAACUGUCUGUCAUUGAAAGUGUAUUUAAAAUUGGUGAUGCGCAUCCCUCUUCCAUUGCCACGACCAUGAGGGCUUCCUUAGUAGAAAGUAUGACAUAAAAAAAGACUCCAAGUCACCAAACAAGCAAGAUGAGGCAAUAGGAUUACCAAAAACAAUGUACAAAAUUUUGGGCAGAUAUUCGAAAAAGAGCAUUACAAUGAACCAUUUGGAAGACAGUUUGCAUCUAAUUUUAUGGCAGAGGGCAAAAAGUUGCUUAAGCCAGACUUUUUUAUAUAUAACAGUUUUCAAAUCUACUGUGCAAAAAUAAGACCAACAUAAUUCAAGAGCCAUUACAUUUAAGAGAAUAGAAUUUGAAAUAUGUUAUUGCAAUAAAAUGUAAUAUAAUUUAUACAAUGUAUAUUUGAUUAAUUUAAACAAAGAAUGUAUGAUGAUUUUGCUAGGACCUAAAUACAUCACUCUGUAAUAUAGAGCAGUUCCAAUGUACAAAAGUACUUCAAUGGUGAACAAUGCUUGUCCUGCAUUGUUUUUACAAGCAACUUCUUUUGACCCUUAUGCUUUUGUUGGGCUACCUGUGGCAAGACACCAGUCAGCCCAGGAGAUUAGUCAAAGCACAGGUAGCCCAAGCUUGGUUUCUGUGGUGUCCUGCUAUAAGGAAAUUCAUGGAGGUUCAUCAAAAACGUCAAUAAAAUCAUUGAAACAUGAAA